ACAGUACAACAGAGGUGCGAGUGUAGAUGCUGAAUUUAUCAAGCAUCAUCUUUAACUGAACUAACCAAGCUCCAAAUUAACUUCUGCUGAGGAUGGAUGAGGAGAGUCUGAAGACGGCAAUAAUGGAGGAAGCCUCCAAAGAUACUGGCCCUAUUUUCCAGGCCGAGGGAAUCAACUUCAAUGAAAUCCUCCAACUACGUCUGGGAUACAGAAAUAUCCUGAUGAUUGACCACUUGUGGGAAUUCACAUCCUUGACCAAACUGGAGUUGAACAACAACCAAAUAGAGAAGAUGGAGGGCCUGGACCAACUGCUCAAUCUGACAUGGCUUAAUCUGUCAUUCAACAGCAUACAGAAAAUCGAGGGUCUGGAGUCUCUGCGGAAGCUUGAAGUGCUGAAUUUGUGCAACAACAGAAUCUCUGUCAUUGAAAACAUGGACACACUUGAGAAAAUCACCCUCUUCUUCAUCGCUAACAACCACCUCAGACAGUUGGACAAUGUGCUCUAUCUCAGGGGGUUCAAGAACCUGCGCAGCAUCAACCUAUGUGGGAAUCCCGUCUCUAAGGAAGACGAAUACAAGUUUUUUAUGGCAGCCCACUUUCCAAACUUGAUGUACCUAGACAGCAAAUCACUUGACGAGAAGACAAAAAAUGAAGCGUCUAUCAAAUACCGCAGUGUCCUCUUCAAGAUGAAACUUGAGGAGCUGCAGAAGCAAGAAGCCACUGAGGCUGAGCAAAGACAGGAAGCUGAAGUCAAACUACACACAGAUGCCUUUGUGGAGUUCCUGAAUGGCUCUCACCUGUUUAAGAGCAUGAUCAAAGACGAUCCGGAGGCAGAGACUCUACGCUGUGUGCCUGAAGUGGCUCAAUUGCUUCAAACAUUCGAGCAACAAAUGGUGAAGCUGUGUAUGCAGUUAUUUGAAUUUGGUUUGGCUGAGCAUAAGCGCAGAGAGACAGAGGUGACUUCCUUCUUCAGUGGUCAGAACAAGGCUGUGACGUACUACCAGGGCAUUGCAUCGCAGAUAUUGGCAAAUUUUGAGCAGCAACACAGAGAGAGGACAGAGGAGCUGCAGCAGUUAUCCGACCUGGACCUGCUGAAGGUUAAGAUGGACCAGUGUAAUGAUGAAAUCGACCUGCUCUGUAACAGCCUCAUGGAGCUGGAGUUUGAGAUGGCUGGCGAGCUGGAGAACAUCAUCAAAUUGUUGGACACCACCAUCUCAGACAUGGUCUGCAACUUCAGUGAAACUGCUCAGGAGAUAUUUGUGCAAUGUCGAGAUCUGGAGGAUAGUUAUUAUGAGAAGGUGCGAGAGGUUGCUGUGGCAACUCUGGAGAGUGUGGCCAAGGACAACGUGGAUGAGGACCUACCAGAUGAUGUUAAAAUGCUGUUUACAGACAAACACACAGUGAUGGAUGCACUGGCCACUGGCCACGAUAACCACCUGCUGAAGAUCAAUGACCGAGAGACUCAGUUGGUUACACGUGCCAAUGCCUGGAAAGUGGCCCUCAUUAAAGGGAUUCAACAUGACAAAAUGAAGUGGAACCGCAUCCGCAUCUCAGACACCCACAGAUAUAGGGACUAUUUGAGGGAGCAGCUGGAGAAGUUGCUGUAGCAGCAUCUGUGAAAUGUUUUCCCCCAAAACAUUUGUUUAUGUUCUUGUUUUUUGUUGUUGUUGUUGUAAUGUGAAACCUGACUGGACAACUGUAACAAAUUUUACUGUGUGCAAGUAAAAAUAUUUGUAUUCUCUAUUUGUAUUUUCUAAGAAAUA